GGCGACGGCGCCGCUGCUAGCGGACGCGAGGAUGAUGAUGACUCCGCUGCUAGCGGACGCGAGAAUGAUGAUGGCCCCGCUGCCAGCGGACGCGAGGAUGAUGAUGACCCCGCUGCCAGCGGUCGCGAGGAUGGCGAUGACCCCGCUGCCAGCGGACGCGAGGAUGGCGAUGACCCCGCUGCCAGCGCAAACAGUAAGACAGCGAAUUAACACCGCGGUUCGUAAGGCGGUGAACAAGGAGCGGGCGCGCCAAAGAAAAUACGCCGAUCGCCGCCUUCAUACUCCUGCAGCACCAGGAUACGUGCUUGCGCCGCCGACAGCAUCAGGAUAUACAGGAACUCAGAUUAUCUGA